AUGAACAAUACAAAGUUAAGCAAUUAUUUAGUAGAUGGGACAGGUAGGGACACUUAUGUAAGCAAUUUCAAUGGUGGAUUUUGGAAAUAAAAUUAAGUUUAAGCUGUUCGUCCUGAAAGUGGUUCAUACCCUAAUCGUAGAUAUUAAGCAUCACCUGCUCCUUGCAUUGAUUCAAAAAUAAACAGAUAUAGAAAUGAUGGAAGUGGAAGAGAUGGAUAUAUUAGGUAUGAGAUUAACUAUUUGAAGCUAUGAUGAGGGUGGGUUUUCAGUUUCAAUAGGAAGGAAAAAGAAUUUUAUAUCAAAUUUAAGGGGUUAUGAUAAUAAAGUUAGAUGUAAUACACGUGAUAGUUCUCCUAUGUUAUAAUCAUUUUCAAGAACAUAAUCAAUUACAAAAAGACUAUAUUAUUCAAAAUAAGUAGAGGAUCCAUAUUAGUCAAUAAGAAAAUUAACUAGUUUGCACUAUAAAAAAUGACUAUUUAUAAUACAAUUUAG